AUCUUGACUGGGAUGUAAUGGAGUAGGACCACUGGAAAGCUCGGGCGAAAGGGGGGGAGACACAUUUCUAUUUUAUAAUGUUACCGUGAUAAUGUUGUGAUUUGAUAAGUGUACGGUAUGAAUCCGUCGGUCGAGGAAAACGGAAAUUAAGCGAACAUUCCAGGUGUGAAUGACUUGUGGCUGUAGGGUGUCGUGAGUGGCCCAGGUUCCUGCACAGCCUCCGUGGCUGACUGGGAGGAGUCGAGUGGAGAGCAGACAUCAGUGCCCAGGGGACCUGAGACCUGGUUCUCCAUAUGAGGCCCUGCUGAAAGGGCAGGGGGGCUUCUGAGUGUGCCCAAGGGCCGUUGAAAGCCCCCUUGGGGGAAUUUCAUAAAUACACACAGAACAAGAAAAGACUCCUGGACUAUUGUUAUUUUUUUACACACUUUCUCACACACACACACACACACACACACACUGCACAACCACACACACACACACACAGAUAAGGACAUAGAGAGAAUGUUGGAGGUCCAAGAGGAGAGGCCAGCGGCGGCAGGUACAGCAGCGACACAUUUCAACAAGAAGGAGCGAGGGAAGAAAGAGCGAGAGGAGGCCAAGGACGGUCGGGGAAACCUCUCGAACAUCGGGAAUCCUGUUCCUGGCUCCAGGAACGUGCGCACAAAAGCGCCCCUCUCACACACAGGCAGUCCUCACCAGCUCAUCACUCCACCCUGUUCUGUAGUCCUGGGAGCCCCAUCAAUGCACUCCAAUAGGCUGAAGAACUCCCCGUCCACCAACACACAGAGCCCUAAACCUAAGACGGAGGCCAUGGUACGCUCACCUCCCGUCAUGUCCCCCUCCACUGCCUCCCAGAUGGACUCUAAAAUGCCCAAUCAGGGUAAACCUGGGAGCACUGGCAGCCAAUCACAGGCCUCACCCUGCGACCCCAAGACCCUGGGUGCCAAAGGAGCUCAGAAUGUGGCAGGGGGCAUGGGACUGAAGAAUGGCCAGGGCUUGACCUCUGGCUCAAGUUCCAAGGUUAAAGUCAAAAGGGAGAGAAGCACCUCAGUGGAAUCAUUUGAACAGCCAGAGAGUGGCACACCCACUAGUGAGGAAAAAGACAGCAGCAGGGUGAAGAGGAUGUGUGUGGCAGAAAGGAGGCAGCCGUACAGUGGAGCUGACUGGUGCUCUGGGGGAGAAAGUGACGAAGAUGACAAAGGAUUCUUCAACUGCAACUCCAGUGACGUGAAGCCCCAGGAUUCGGUCACACAUUCUACCUCCAAUGCCGGACUCAGUCGUUCCUCCACACCCUCCCACAAUACACUGGGAGGCCAGGGCUCCACAACAGAACCUCCUAGUGGCCAGAAACCAGGCUCAAAACUUGUUUAUGUCUUCACCACAGAGAUGGCCAACAAGGCAGCUGAUGCAGUUCUAACUGGCCAUACAGAAAACAUCAUUGCCUUCCACAUGAAAAACAUCUCCAACAGCAAGGACAAAGCUCACCUCCUUCUGAACAAUGCAGCAAACGCCCUCCGAAAUGACUCCAAGCCUCCCCAGCAACCACCUUCCCAUGCCCAAGAUCAGAGCCACCAGCCUGGAUCCAAGCCGUCCUUACCUGGCAUGGCAGAGUCAGCCCCAUCCCAGCCUUCAACCCAAGGGAACCAGUCUGGUGUUCUUCCGCAGGAAGGGUCAUCCUCUACAGGCAUGGAAUCCAAAAAUCUUCCUGGUAGCAGCCCCAGUAACACUACCGCCCCAGUUGACCAGGCCCCUGUCACCCAACCUGAGGCAGGCCUCAACCCUCCGACAUCAGGUGAAGGAGGGCAGGGUGGAGGCUCUGGUGGAGCGGGUCUGACACCCCAGCAGCAGCAACAACAGCAGCAACUGGCCCAGGAGCUGUUGAACAUGGAGGCCAACACAGAGGGUCUGUCCCAAGAACAGUUGGAGCAUCGCCAGCGCUCUCUGCAAACCUUGAGAGAUAUUCAGCGUAUGCUUUUCCCUGAUGACCGUGAUGCCCCACCAGCUGGACCCCCACAGUCCCAUGGUGGACCCCAUGAUGGAGGCCCUGAUGGCACACCCCGUAGGUCUGAGCAGGGCCCCCUACAAGCAAUGAUGGCGCAGUCGCAGAGCCUUGGACCGCCAGGUGGGCCAGGAGGACCUCGCCCACAAGGUCCACCCUUUGGCCCAUCCCAUGGUCCCAGGGACAUGCCCCCAUUUCCACAAGAUGAAAUGGGUGCACACAUGGGGGGGCCGGGGGGCUGUGGAGACGGAGAUCAGAUGACGCCAGAACAGGUGGCUUGGUUGAAGCUACAGCAGGAGUUUUAUGAAGAGAAGAGGAAGAAACAAGAAAUGCAACACCGGCCACUUCCUCCAGACAUGAUGAUGCAUGCCCAUGGUCCACGUGCCAUGAUGCGAGGGCCCCCGCCUCCCUAUCAGAUGGGCCCAGGAGAGAUGUGGGGAGGACCAGGUGGUCCACCAGACCACUUCCAGGAUCGCAUGGGCAUGGGCCCUGGCCCUGGCCCAAGGGGUAUGCCUACACAUAUGCAGAGGAUGCCUGGCUUCUCUGGUAUGAUGAAUGCUGAAAUGGAGGGACCCCCAAGGCCUGGAAUGGGCUGGCCUGACGACAUGCCUCCCCGCAUGGGAGAUGCACGAGGCUUCCCUGGAGGACCUGGGGGAAUGUUUGCUGGACCAGGGGGUCGUGGUGAGCGUUUCCCAAAUCCUCAGUCAGUCCAAGAAGCAAUGUUCCACCAAGGUAUGGGUGGAGAAAAGGUCCUCCCUCCUGGGAUGAUGAUGGACAUGCAAAGGAUGAUGGGGCACCAAAGAGGUGGAAUGGAACCUGGUAAUGGCAUGGGUAUAUUUCCCAGAAUGCCUGGUGAUGGUCCUAUGAGUCCAUCCUCUAGGCUUCAAGGAAUGGGGGGCAGGGAAAUGGGGCCUGAGUUUGGCAUGGGGCCUGGCCCUGGGCCAGGACCUCAUAUGCACCCUUCCAAACUACGAGAUCCCGGCAUGAAUAUGAGUCCUGAUGAGAUGAUGAGAAUGAGAGGUGGUGGAGGACCUCCAAUGGAGAAUAUGGGUCCUCAAGGCAGGCCUAUGCAGGGUCCUCCCUUCCCUGAGCAGACACAGCCAGGAGACUUUCCUAUGGGGCGGCCCUUUCCAGGUGGUCCUGGAGGAAUGAGGGGUCCACAUGGAGACCAAGCCUUUGGACCAGAGCACAGAGCUACACCAACAGGAGGUAAUGGCCGUAUUAACCACCUCCCCUCUGCUGGUGGCCCUUCACAAGGUCAGAGGGGCCGCAAGCCAGCAGAUCUGAAUGUCCAAGCAGGAGGAGGGAACUCUCCCAGUGUCAACCCACUUAAGUCCCCUCCUCUAAGGCAAGUGCAGUCCCCCAUGAUGGGCUCUCCCUCUGGAAACCUUAAAUCCCCUCAGACACCGUCCCAGCUGGCUGGCAUGCUCACUGGUCCCACGGGCCCCAGUGCUCCACCAGCUCCUCCAUCUUCAGCACCAAUGAAGUCGCCCCACUCCAUGAUGGGAUCAGCUGGUGCCUCUCCUGUUCAUAUGAGGUCUCCCUCUCUUCCUAACCCCUCCCCAGGAUGGGCUUCCUCGCCAAAACCACCCAUGCAGAGUCCCGGUGUACCACCUCAGGGUGGCAAACCUCCCCUCAGUAUCACCUCACCGAACAUGAUGGGCAUGGAGCAAGGUGGAAACGGUCCUCCGUCAGCCCCUCCUUCAUCAGGGGCUCCAUCUGGCUCCAUGUCCCUCCCAGGCAACGUCCCGUCUGGCAGUCCGUACACCAUACCCCCAGAGCCAACUUUAUCACAGAACCCUCUCUCCAUUAUGAUGUCACGCAUGUCCAAGUUUGCAAUGCCCAGCUCCACCCCACUCUACCAUGAUGCCAUAAAGACUGUUGCCAGCUCUGAUGACGACUCGCCCCCGGCCCGCUCCCCUAACCUGCCAUCAGUGAACAAUAAUGGUAUGGCAAUGAAUCACCAAGGCAAUCCACGUAUGAUGGGACCUGGAAAUGCUGGACCCAUGUCUGCCCUCAGCCCUCUGGGUAUGAAUCCAAUGGGAUCCCAGCCCCUCUCCCAUGGCAUGCCCCCACAGAUGCCCUCCCCCAAUGCCCCUAAUAUGGGCCCAGGCAUGAUGCCUCAUGGCAUGAUGAUACCACCAAAUCCCCAAGACCCUGGUAUGGGAAACCCACAGAUGAUGCCCCAAGGACGCAUGGGUUACCCUCACCGAAGCCAGGCGUACCCCCUCACCCAGUCCCCUUCCCAGCAAGGCCCUUUCUCACCGCACAACGGUCCUGGUCCCCAAGGUUUCCCUGGCCAUGCCAUGGGCUUCCAGGGAGAGGGAGGGCCUAUGGGAGGACGGAUGGGGAACAUGCCUCAUGGGGGAGGGGGUGAUGGGGGUAUGUGUAAGCCUAAUACCCCUGGAGGGCCAGAGUUCAACAACAUGCAAGGUGGAUUCAGUGAUGCAGACCUUCAUGAGGUGAUGCGGCCGGGAGCAUCCGGCAUUCCUGAGUUCGACCUGUCCAGGAUAAUCCCGUCGGAGAAGCCCAGCCAGACUCUGUCUUACUUUCCCCGAGGUGGAGGAGACAACCCUGGGGUAAAACCACCACACCCCACUGGCUUCCCCAUGCAGGGCAUGAUGGGCGACGGUCCACCGAGGAUGGGGAUGAUGGGGAUGUCCAUGCAGGGGAUGGGGGGGAUGCCAGGGGGGCCUGGUGGGGGAAUGGGCCCCCAAGACAUGCCAAUGGGCAACCCUGGCCACAACUCAAUGCGGCCACCAGGAUUCAUGGGCCAAGGCAUGAUGGGCCCCCAGCACCGGAUGAUGUCCCCUGGGGGUCCAGGAGGGAUGAUGCAGGGGAGACAAAUGGCCCACCCAGGCCCUGGCGGCUCACCUAACAUGAUGAUGUCACUGCAGGGCAUGGGCGGCCCCCCACAGCAGACAAUGAUGAUGGGGGGUCAGAUGAGGCCACGUGACAUGGACAUGGGGUUCAGUCCGGGCCCUGGAAUGUUCUAAUCCAACAGAAACCUUGUAUCUAGAAUGUUCUUGGACAGUACGCAAGGAUGGAGUCACGGCGUGUGGAGGGUGUUCAGAAAACUCUGAUGGACUCAAGUAAAGGAAGUAUAAUACGAGAGAGAGGAUGUACUCAGAAAUGAACAGAAUGGAGCUAACCAGUCACCUAGUAAUGUCCUGUGGGAACUAUUCCAAUGGAGACUUGGACAGGCCCAGAUUGGAGUACUUUUGCCACAAGAACAUUUAAUUUUGACUCAUGAACUUCAGAAUGUAUGGGAUUGUUGUGCAUCAAUUUCGCAAAAAACUGUUCUUGUGUUUUUUGAUUAUCUGACUAUAAAGAUGACUUCAACAUCAAAGAGGAAUCAACCUAACAAGUCAGCGUGGAGAUGCUACAGUAUAUGUCUACUUUUUUCAAAUUUAAAAAACAAAUUUGUCAUGAAAGUGGUAUGGAACAAGAGAAAGGAAUAAGAAGAAUCUGUGCUUUGUGAAGACUUUAGUGGAACUCCAUCUUGUCUCUCGCUCCAUUGUUUUGACUGUUUCUGUACAGUAUAUACGUGUGAGAGUGCGUGGGCGUGCUUGACAGACUGUAUGUUUGUGUGGUAUGUAUGUAUGUGUCUGUAUGUAUAGGCAUUCUAUCAGUGACCUCUCAACUCCUCUUACCCAACUUUCAUUGGGGGAGGAAUGCCCCCUAAAAAUACUGUACUGUUUACCAUUGGUGGGCUAUUCGAAUUUUAGUCUAUUUUAAUUUCCUUUGUAACUCCAGUGUAUAACAAACCAAACUAUGACCUCAUUAAGAUAAUAGUAUUAUUAAAAAAGCACAAACAUGGACCGUCUGCAGAAAGCGUCUUCUUUCUCUAUUUUUACCAUUGAGAGCAACACAUUAAGUGUGAGGAUCCUGGCAGCUUUGCAGCACAAUGAUAAUCCCCAGUCAAUUUCAAGUUGUGGAUGACAUUUGACUCGGUGCUCCAAAACUUUCAGGACUCAACUUUCGCCAGCGUGAAUAAUAUUGCUAAUACCCAGAUGUGCUAUGUGUGUUCUUCUUGUUCCUGUUGUGUUCCUGUUUUGUUUUGACUCUCUUGUUGACUCUGGGUAAUAAUCAUUCCCACAGCAAUAAUCCCCAAAUGGUCAGCAGAAUUGGACAGGAGUGGCUGAAUGCCACAGCAGGUAUGCCAGGUGUUAUAGAACUAGAGCUAGGUAGAUCUGGUUUUAAAAAAAAAAAAAAAAAAUUAGUAAGGCAGGUGUGGUGUCCGGAGUGAGACGCACAGAAAUGUAAACACGUACUGCUUACCAUCCAGUUGACUUCCUCUCUUUUCUCUAUUGUAUAAGCUUGUCAUGUGUUUCUCCAUUGGCUUUGGUGCAGAAUAGCCUACCAGGGCUGUGGUGAUGGACUACAAAUAAAAGAUAUUGUUUUGGUAUAUA